AUGCAUAAAAGACUCUGUAUUCUUUCCAUCUGUCUUGUACUGUCCAGCAUCUCUGCUUUGAGAAGGCUAAACAAUUUUGAUGACUUGAGGAAUGUUAACUAUGGAAAGCAUUUUCCACGUCAUGGUCUCAAGCUGUUGUUCUGGUUUGCACAAAUAAUAACUUCAGUUGACCAAAACAAUGUUUUUCAAGUAAAUUUUGAACCAAGAAGAGGUGACUUUGGAUUCCAUCGAUUUCGAAACUACGAGCAUAUCCUUCCACCAUUAAACUAUCUGUAUGACGGCUACUACUCUGUUGGUAAUCUAAACUCACCAGCAGCCACUGCAUUGCCCAAUUUUGUGACAUGGGAUUGUUACAGCUCACACUACCCUGAACACAACAUGGACAGAUUCGUUGCGGCUGUCAUCCAAAACAAUCCAACCAGGAUAAACAGGGUUUUUCUCACAUCACACACUUACCAACAAAACAGCUUUGAGCCUUAUGACACAUAUCACUAUGACAGAUACACAUUUGAAGAUGCGUUGAGGAUUUUUAACGAGCCAGGUCUUGCUGCGUUUCUGACAUUAGUUGAAUAUGAUGUCUACUAUAGCUACAGAAACUCUAUAUUACGAUACAGUAUACCUAACUUCAGUGGACUGAAAUUGUCUUACCAACCACGGCAAUAUGAUAAGCUUGAGCAGCUGAAACUGGAGGUGAGAACGACAAGCAAGGGAUAUGCAAAACUCAUUUGGGAAAACAUACCAGUUAAGAUACAGGAAAAAUACCCAGUACAAGUUGCAGUUUGCAUUUCUAAAUAUACAGAUCAAGGAUGCUAUGUGAAAACAGUAGAUGAAUGUUCCAGCUUUUCAGAUACUUCAGUUGCACUUAAUCCUGGUCUUCAACCCCAACUCUUCAUAAAGCGGGAUGAUUUGGGUAAAACUAUCAUUUUUCAUGGGCCAGUAUUUGAUGAAGCUAACAGAGUGAUUCCCACUACAAUAAUUGGGUUUGAUGCUAGUCUACAGCUCUACACUAAAGACGGAUGGGCUUGUUCUCGACUCUUUAUCAAGAAGACUUUUAGCGAUUGGAAAAAGGUCUUCUACAACUCAUGGGUGGGGUUUUACAGUAGUAAGGAAAAUGCAAACAACAAGUAUUACACAUAUCAAUGGGUUGUAAAGUUUGACGGAAUACAAGAUGGCAGAGGGGGUGAUGAUUAUGACGUGUAUCAGUACGAGUCCAGUUUGGCCAUAGCGCCUGGAGUCCAGAUCCGCUUCCUGCUGGAUAAGAGAUAUGAUUAUUUGAUUGCACAAACUCUGGCCUGGGAGGAUUCUCAAAAUGUGACGGUUUGUGAGGGCGGAACCAAAAGCGUGGAAGACGAUGGUUCGGACGUUUUUACUCUGAACACCGGAAUUUCCGGGGUUUCCCCGGAGACGAAAUCAAGCCUGAUUUCGCCCAGACGGACUACGCUGGUCAGAUCGUUCCCCUGGGGAAGAGAGAAAAGGAAAAGUCAACUGGGCGAAGGAAUACUGGGUGAUUUCACUCAGACCAAACUGCCCAGCCUCGGACGGUCGCGAGAGGACGACAUUCGUUGUGGCCUGAGUCCUACGGAGAGAGAGAAAACCUAG